CACUGUCUGAUAAGCGCCUGAACAAAAUAAUGACUUUUUAUCAGUUAAGACAGUUAUUUUUCAAUCGUUUUCGCUUUUAUCAGGCUUGUUGAGUGUUGUAUCUAUUUUACGGAUGUUUUACAGAGCCAAAUUAAUCUAUAAAAAAAACUGAUGCUAAGUAAUUUCCGUGUUUGUUUUUUAGUCCGGAGUUUCAGUCACCCCAUCACGAGGACCAUCAUGCGGAAAAGUCCCGGGGAUCUGAUUAUAGCAAAGCAAAACAACUGGAUUAACAAACAGCUGUGACUUUAAUAAACCACAGAUUUUCAGAUAGAGGCGGAAAAGUUUGAGAAAAUACGAUCAAAAUGUCGUCGGAGGAAUUCGAGAAGUUACACGAAAUCUACAGAUCUCUGUAUGAUGAGCUGAAGUUAAUGCCGGACAGAGCUCUGAGCUGUCACGGAGGUAAACUCUGUUUGUUUUAGAUCAAAAAUGUUUACUCACAUUUAUUGAAGGACAGACUGUCCUAAUGGAGUUUUCUGAGACUGUAACUGUUGUUGUUUUCACAGAGGAGAGGAAGAGGCUGGUGAGGAGCUUCGAUGAGAGACAGGGAGAGGCUGAGGAAGUGGUGAGUUCAGCUUCUCUUUCACUUUAUUUCAUCUAAACUAAGACUUACAAAGAUUACCUCUGGACACAACAACACUCAAGUAUGCUGAUAUCCUCCUUCUUUCACUCACAUGUUAAAAAAAAUAAAAGGACAGUAAUUAAAAGCUCCUGUAAGGAACUUUUGGGUUGUGUUGACUUUGGCGCCCCCUGUGGACAAAGGCAGACUUGAACUUUUUUAUGCCAAAAUUUUUUACUGGGAGCUUUGGUUUCUCUUAUCCUUAUAUUAGGGAUGUAAUGAUUACUGGUAAAAUGAUAAACGGCGGUAAAACAUCUAUCGGUUAGUACUAUCGUUUUAAAUUUUAAUUACCGUUAAAUCCGUGUUUGAUCGCCGCACUCUGGAAAAGCUCUCAGACACACAGCAGUCAUUCGGACACAGGCGGAGGGCAGUUUUGUGGGAAGUUUUGCCGACCGUGUUGCAGAGAUUUUUCCACUGUCAAAGAAAACAAAGUCCGGGUCGGGGCGUAUUUCAGCGUCUACAAAGGGUUGCGAGGGUUACCAGGAAGGAUAUUCAGUGCCAGCGUGGACAUCGUUUCCCCUCGCAGAUUCGACUCAAACCAGGAAAAUGUAAAAAUGCUGACAUUUUUACAUUUCAAUCUCAAGUCGUGAACAAAGUCAGCAGCAGAAGAAAACGGACAAUCGGUUCAUUUGAUUUAUUUACAUAUCUGAUGUUAUUUUAAAGACCUGAACUACACAUUUGUUUACAUGCGGUUGUUUUGUUUCAUAUAGUCGUGUUGUUCUGUUUUAUAUUUGUAAGAGUCAAUCUUUUUGAGCUCUGAAGAAUUCUUACAAUUUGCACAAUAAUGAAUGUCAUUUAAUUAAAAUUUUAUUUAUUUGUUAUUGUGUUCAUGUUUAUGCCACUGGCACAUUACUUUGUUUUAACCUCAUUUCAUCUCAUCACUUUUUCAUUCGAAGGCAGAAGUUUUUGGCGCUGUAUCAGUGUGUUUUCUUUUUUUUGGAACAAUAAACCACUUUUUUAAAACUCAAACUGGACUGAUAAUUGAAUGAGUCACAGAUGCAAGCGAACCUGAACCCCAGCUGCCUUUUUGUUGUAGCAGUCACUUCAGUGCUUCAGUAAAUACUCUUUAUAUUCCACCCUAACUAGAGCUGAGUCAAAGUGUAAUGCAGUAGGAUAUAAAGAUAUAGAAUAAUUAAGCCUCAGCUCUAUAUUUGAGCGAUUUACUCUCCCAGUGUUCUGUUAAAGAUCUGAAGUUAGUGAGAAAGCAGCUCUAAAAAAGCCAAUUUUGUGUUUGUUAUUGAGGAAUUUAAAGUCUUAUGAAUUGAUGGCUUCUGCCUCGUGACUUUUUUCCCUUAUUUGACUCGUAUAAAACAUGAUGAACAGAGUGUGACAGCUUUAGUUUUGCACAUCAAGAAAUCAGCCAAACACCCCCUCGUUUCUAAUUUUGUCUCCUUUUACUGUCCAGAGAAAUCUCUCCCUUACUGUCGGGAUAAUAACUCACAAAGUUUUUAUCCAUCUCCAGUUACAAGGAAUGGAAGACGAGCUGCGUGACGCUCCGUCCACCCACAGAAACGCGAUGAACACAAAGCUGCGCAUGUACCGCAGGGAUCUGGGCAAGCUGCAGAGAGACAUGAAGAUCUCUGCUCCAGGCUUCGGAUCUUCUUCUACGCCGGUGGGAGGGAGCCAUCACAGCAUCUACUCAUCACAAAACCAGCAAAGUGUGAGUGUGGGGGGCUGUUUUUGCAGAUAAUGACACCUUAAGUUACAACUUCAGUGCUGCUUUGAGAAUGGUGGUGUCCAGAUGAAAACACGUCCAUGUUGUUCCCUCCUAAACAAAUGAAACUGCAGCGCUGGGCCUUUAGUUACAUUUACACUUAAACCUCAAUAAAACGUGUAUUUUCAGACACACCUGCAGUCCCAGAGGGCCUUGCUGCUGCAGGGCACCGAGGCUCUGACCAACGCCAGUCAGAGCAUCGAGCGAAGUCAGCGCAUCGCCAACGAGACGGAGCAGAUCGGUACAGACAUCAUCGAGGAGCUGGGCGAGCAGAGGGAGCAGCUGGACCGAACCAGAAACAGAGUGAGCCGCAGAUAAGAGUCUCGAUGAUGACCAAAGAGACUUGUUGAUAUCAGGCUGAUCGAGUUUUAAUAACUCGACUCUUCUCUGUCUUUUCUUUUUUCGUGAAGUUGGUGAACACCGGAGAAAAUCUGAGCCGAACCAGAAAAAUCCUCCGCUCCAUGGCCCGGCGGUGAGUUCUUCAUCUAAAAACACUUGUGAUCUCUUCAGGACAGGGUUUUAUUUUUAGGACGUCUGACUGAUUAAAUGCUAAUUAUAUCUUAACGCUGAGACGUUUCUCUUCUUGUCUUUUGUCCUGAAGGCUGAUGACAAACAAGCUGCUCUUAUCUGUCAUCAUUUUAAUGGAGCUGGCUAUUCUGGGAGCUGUGGUCUAUCUGAAGUUCUUCAAAUGAUAAGGAUCUGGUUCUUUGGGAUCCAGGGCACACACUCAGACUCUUCACACUCAGUCUCCUCUGACCAUCCAGUAGCAAUAAUGCAGUUCUGCUGCGCAAAUAAAGACUACGAGACUCAGUUUUAAUGAAACCUCUGCAGAGAAAAGGUCUCUGUCGGACCUGAACCGGACCAAAUCUGCAGAAUCUUCAUGCACAAGCUGUGAGAUGAGAUUUGCACUGUUUUUAUCAAACUGACAAUGCCAAGGACGCCCUGCUGGAUCAUUUCGCAGAGAUGACUCCACGGCAGGUUUUACUACACAUGAGUACGACCGACUUACUCCCAGAUCAAAGUUCCUGAUCUGAGCAGAACUGGGAGGUUUGAAGGUGAUCAGACACUUGAUCAGCGGUCGUAUGAUGCAGUUAUCCUCUCUGUGAAGAAUAGUUUAUAAUGAAGUUGAAUCUAUUUUGCUUGUACCGUCAUGUUCAGUAUAAAAAUGGUUGUAGUCACAUGAGGCCAAAUUCUCCGGGGGCGUGGAUCUGAGAGUGGAAACUCUUAAUUAGCCCAGAUGUUCUUAACUCUUAACUUCUGAAUGUUGUCAAAUCACUGUAUGAUAGAGAAACCUCUGUUUGAAGCCGGCUUAGUUACUCCAUUAAAGCUAAUCUUUAACCUGAGUCCGUCUCAUACUCUCCGGGACGGCUGCCAAAUAGACUAACGUUGGAGAAAAACAUCCGCUGCUGGACCGACGUCACCAGAAUGAGUCAGCGACCCGGGUCCCAGACCUGGACCAGGUUAGUGCUGCGUAAACAACACCUGCUACUAUGGGUUUGAUUCUCAACUAUUAGGCGAUAAGGUUAUUUUUAACCGCUGUGUUCUUGAAGUGGCACAUCUGUUGCCGUGUUUUUCCUGCUCUUUGAAAUCACGCCUUCCUGCUUCGGUGCCAAGAACGAAAACAUGUUUGGUAACAUGUUUGAGAGAGGAAAUGAUGGGACUGGUUUUAUUUCACCUGAAUCACACUGACUUUUCUCUGUUUUAAACUGAAAUAACACCACUGUUCAAACUAAAACUGGAGCAGAGAUUGUAAAUAAAAUAACUACAAGUUAAAAUUAUCCAUAUGAACCAAAUCAAAGCUUUUUCUUUUCUAAAAUGAGACUGAUCUGGAUCUGCAUCCCAAAGGUUAA